AUGUAUGUAUGUACGGAUCAAUUACUAAAUGAAGAAUAAACCUAGUCAUAAUAUUCUUAGAACCUGAACGAAUAUGCAAAAUAGCAAGCUUAGAGAAUGAAGUCUAACAGGAGCAACAUAAAUAGGAUAGCAAAGUGGAAGAUGAAUCAAUAUGAUGGAUUUUUCCGAUCCUCUAGAGAGAUAAAUAUUAGGUAUAACCAGAAAAUAACUAUAAGAUUGAGAAACAGAAUUGGAAAAAAGUAUAUUCCAAAAGAGGAUGCUUAUACUUUUAUGUAAAAAAAGGAUGGUAAUAAAAUUUUAUUCUAAUAUAUUUUCAUAAUUGUUUUUCAUAUUUAAUUAUUUUUUUCUAAUUUUCUAUUAUCAGGAAUUGUAGGAAGAACAAACUAAAGGUCUUAAAAGUAUAUAUCAUGUAACUUUUAUUUAUAAUAUAUAAGUUCCUUAAUCUGGUACUGA